AUGACAAAUGGCUAUGCCAAUCGAGCAGAGUCAACAUUUGCUGGAAGGAGGGAUGUUAAAAGUCCUGCAACUCUUGCAGAACGACAAAUUGUCAGUGCCAGAGGAACUGUCCGUGGGUUUAAAAACAGAGUGAGAGCGGGGAUAGCCACAUUUAUUGAACCAUUUUCAGAAAAGAGAAAUUACCAUGUAUUAGAGAAAGAUAAAAUAGUCAUUUAUACAACUAGUAUGUCAGUGGUACGCCAUACACAUGAGAAAUGUAAAGUAGUACGGAAUAUAUUACAAACUAAUAUGGUACGAUAUGAAGAACGAGAUCUGUAUAUGAGUAAAGAAAACCAGAAAGAACUUACAGAACGUGUAAAUAGUAAUGAUAUAAGAAUACCACAAGUUUUUGCUGAUGGUGAAUUAAUUGGGGGUGCUGCAGAAUUAGAAAAAUUAAAUGAAUCUGGUGAACUAAGAAAUAUCUUACAUAAUUACCCAAAAGUGAUAGUGACAUCAAAUUGUAGAAAAUGUGGUGGUUAUAGAUUCAUACCUUGUAUAAUUUGUCAUGGAAGUAAAAAAUCUGUUCACAGAAAUCAUUUUACGGAAGAAUUUUGUGCCUUACGAUGUAUGCAGUGUGAUGAUAAUGGUCUACAGAGAUGUGAUUUGUGUCGAGAACAACAAGAAUAA